CAUAACUACUGUGGCGAUGGCCGGGAGGUUCGCAGCCUUCGUGUCCUGGGUGCUGCUCCGGGUCCUGUGGCACUCGCCGAUGACCGCAGAUUUUCUGAAAGUGGAGGUGGCAAGGAGUCCCCAGAUUGUGCUUCUGAAUGAAAAUGUGACCAUCUCCUGCAAGAUUCUUGGUUCUCCACACUUGGACAUCAAUAUUAUGGGUAUUACCUGGUUUCGGAAGAGUCAGAUAUCUGGAAAAGAGGUCACGUUUGAACUUUAUGGAGAUCACCAAAAGGCAUUCCGACCUGGUGCCAUCGUGUUUCCAUGGAGGCUGGAGAAGGGGGAUGCCUCACUGCAGCUGCCUAGAGUCCAGCUGGAGGAUGCAGGGGACUACCCAUGUCAGGUGGUGGUCACUCCUGAGAAGGCACAGGGAAGGGUCUGGAUCAAAGUUGUGGCUCACCCAGCCGGCAGACUAUUUCUGGAGCAACCCACAGCAAAAGAGAAUGGAGGCAAACAUAUUGUGUGUAGGUCAAGUGGGUUCUACCCUGAAGCUAUUAACAUAACAUGGGCAAAGUGGACCCUGAAGGUUCUUCAUCGCAUAGAGAAUUCUGAAGGCAUUGUCACCAGUCCUGCCAUCAAGAAUGAGGAUGGUACAUUUAAUGUCACUAGCUACUUGAACCUGCAGUCCUCCCCAGAAGACAGUGGAACUGUCUACCAGUGUGUGAUAUGGCAUACAUCCUUGUCCACCCCCUUGAGGAUCAACACCACACAGAUUGUGGCAGGGGGUCUGGAGUAG